CAAUGUCCCUCUAUUCAAGUUGAGUUUGAUUCUUGAUUUUUCUUAACCCCAACACCGACACAAAGCAUUCUCAUUAGCCAACCAACCUAUGAUUAAUCUUCAUCGGAAAAACAACCAUGAAUCCUGCCAAAGAGCUAUUGAAUACGUCGUUGCUUCUCUCCCUACUUGUUUUCCGAUUUUGCAUUUCCCUUGACACCAUUUCACCGAACGAGCCCUUUAAAGACGGUGACAUCCUAGUUUCCAAAGGAGAAACUUUCGCCCUUGGGUUUUUCAGCCCGGGAAACUCUGGCCGCCACUACGUCGGAAUAUGGUAUAACAAAGUUCCUAAACAAACCGUUGUGUGGGUAGCAAACAGAGACAACCCUCUCAAUGAUACCUCUGGAGUCCUCUCCAUCAACAGCCGCGGAAACCUCGUCCUAAAUAGCAAAAACCGAAGCACUCCUGUCUGGUCAACAAACGCUUCAGUCUCAUCCAUGAACAAUUAUAUGGCGGCUCGGCUCUUAGAUUCUGGAAAUCUUGUUUUGGUUCUACGAGACAGCCAAAAUUUCACAUGGCAGAGCUUCGAUUAUCCCACAAAUACUCUGCUCGCGUUCAUGAAAUUUGGGCUGGACCGGCGGACCGGGUUCAACCGGUACCUAACAUCUUGGAAGUCCGAAGAUGACCCAGCAACCGGCAACUGCUCAUUAGAGAUUGACCCAACUGGGUACCCACAAUUGUUCUUAAACAAGGGUGGAUCUCCAUUGUGGCGGGGUGGACCUUGGACCGGCCAAAGGUGGAGCGGUGUACCAGAAAUGAAUCAACAUUUUAUUUUCAACGUUAGUUUUGUGAAUAAUCAAGAUGAGGUCACGAUGGUGUAUAGUGUAAACGACCCUAAAAUUUUCACUAGAAUGGUGAUGAACGAAUCAGGAGUCGUUGCUCGGUCUACGUGGCAUGAGAGUAGAUGGUUCGUGUUUUGGUAUACUCCGAAAGAGUUGUGCGAUACGUUCGGAGAGUGCGGUCCAAAUAGUUACUGCGACCCAUACGAUCCCAACAAGUUCCAGUGCACAUGCUUACCCGGGUUUGAACCCAAUUCGACUCGUGAAUGGUACUUGAGAGACGGGUCAGGCGGGUGCGUGAGGAGCCAAGGAGUUUCCGCGUGCCACAGUGGAGAAGGGUUUGUGAAGCUGCCACGUGUGAAGGUGCCGGAUACUUCUAUAGCACGUGUGGACAUGAGUUUGAGUUUGAAGGAAUGUAAGCAGGAGUGCUUGAGGAACUGUUCUUGUACGGCUUACACCAGUGCAGAUGAGACAAGGGGUGGGAUUGGGUGCUUGUCAUGGCACGGGCACUUGGUGGACACCAGAACGUUUGCCAAUGGGGGACAAGACUUGUAUGUACGUGUGGAUGCAGCUACAUUAGCUCAAUAUUCAAAGAAAAAUGGCCUUAUUCGGAACAAGAGGAUGCUGGCAGUUCUUGUGGUUUCUGUUACUGUAACGUUGCUUCUUUUAGUCUCCAUUGUGUAUUGGCUGGUAAUGAGGGUGAAAAGACGUAAUGAGGAUGAAAAUAGGAUGAAAAAUCUAUUUAGUGGUACCUCAACUUCAAAAUACCAUCAAGAAAGCAGGGAGUUUGAUGAGAGUACAAGAAAUUCAGAUUUACCAUACUUUGAUCUAAAUAUCAUAGCUGCAGCCACAAAUAAUUUCUCUGAUGCAAACAAGCUUGGAGAAGGUGGUUUUGGCCCAGUUUAUAAGGGUCUCUUAGAUAAUCAGAAGGAAAUUGCAGUAAAAAGACUAUCAAGGUUUUCCGGACAAGGAGUAGAAGAAUUCAAAAAUGAAGUUGGAAUAAUUGCUAAACUCCAACACAGGAACCUUGUGAGGAUUCUAGGUUAUUGCAUUCAAGGAGAAGAGAAGAUGUUAAUCUAUGAGUACUUGCCAAACAAAAGCCUGGACUUUUUCAUUUUUGACAAAACAAAAAGGUCAUUAUUAGAUUGGGGAAAACGCUUCGAGAUUAUUUGUGGGGUUGCUCGAGGGCUUUUAUAUCUUCAUCAAGACUCAAGAUUAAGAAUUAUCCACAGAGACUUAAAGGCCAGCAACAUUCUACUUGACAAUGCAAUGAAUCCAAAAAUUGCUGAUUUCGGUAUGGCUAAAAUUGUUGGAAGGGACCAAAAUGAAGCAAAUACAAAACGCGUCGUUGGAACAUAUGGAUAUAUGUCACCGGAGUAUGCAAUGCAAGGGCUAUUCUCAGUGAAGUCUGAUGUAUAUAGCUUUGGGGUUUUGAUGCUAGAGCUCAUUACUGGCAAAAAGAACAGUGCUUAUUAUCACGAUGGUCCCUCCUCAAACUUGAUUGGACAUGUUUGGGACCUAUGGAGAGAAGAUAAAGCCAUGGAAAUAGUUGAUUCAUCACUGGGUGACCAAUAUGCUAAAGAAGUUUUGAGAUGUAUUCAAAUUGGUCUGUUGUGUGUGCAAGAAUAUGCAAUAGAUAGACCAAUCAUGUCAGCAGUUAUUUUUAUGUUGGGUAAUGACACACUUCUUUCUUAUCCAAAACAACCUGCAUUUAUUCUGAAGAGCACUUACAACAGUAAAGAUAGAUCAAUUAGUGAAGGUGCUUGUUCUGUAAAUGAAGUAACAAUUACUAUGAUUAAUGCUCACGAGAUGAAAGCUCCAGUAUGGGACUUCCCUGUCCUUGAAGAAGCCCCCCCAAAUCGUGAAGGCUUUGCCCUUAUUGGUAAGCUUUUAACAAAAAAACCUCUCCACUCUCAAUUGAUCAAAGCUACGCUAGCAAUAGCCUGGAAGUUUGCUGCACCACUUGCUAUAGAGGUUCUUGCACCAAACAACCCUGGAAACUCUAGCCGCCGCUACGUCGGAAUAUGGUACAACAAAGUUCCUGAACAGACAGUUGUGUGGGUAGCAAACAGAGACAGCCCUCUCAAUGAUACCUCCGGAGUCCUCUCCAUCAACAGCCACGGAAACCUCGUCCUCAACAGCAAAAACCGAAGCACUCCUAUCUGGUCUACAAACGCUUCAGUCUCAUUCACGAACAAUUCUAUGGCGGCUCAGCUCUUAGAUUCUGGAAAUCUUGUUUUGGUUCUACGAGAUAGCCAAAGGGUUACAUGGCAGAGCUUCGACCAUCCCACGAAUACUCUGCUUGGGUUCAUGAAACUUGGGGUGGACCGGCGGACCGGAUUGAACCGGUACCUAACAUCUUGGAAGUCCAAAGACGACCCGGGAACCGGCAACUGCUCAUAUGGGAUUUACCCAAAUGGGUACCCACAAUUGUUCUUGCACAAGGGCGGGACUCCCUUGUGGCGGGGCGGAUCUUGGACUGGCCAAAGAUGGAGCGGUGCACCCAUGAGGAUAACUAAUUUCAUGAAUCUUAGUUUUGUGGACAAUCAAGAUGAGGUCACUGGCAUGUAUGGCAUAACUAAUCCUGAAGUUUUCACAAGAGUGGUGCUGGAUGAAUCAGGAGCCCUUGAACGGUUCACAUGGAACGAUAACAAAUGGGUCGUGUUUUGGUCCGUCCCCAAAGAGUGCAAUAUGCAUGGAGAGUGCGGUCCGAAUAGUUACUGCGACCCAUACGAUCCUGACAAAUUCCAGUGCAUGUGCUUUGCCGGAUUCGAACCCAAGUCGACCCGUGAUUGGUACUUGAGAGACGGGUUGGGCGGGUGCGUGAGGUGGCAAGGAGCAUCCACGUGCCGAAGCGGGGAAGGGUUUGUGAAGAUGGCACGUGUGAAGGUGCCGGAUACUUCAAUUGCACGUGUGGACAUGAGUUUGAGUUUGAAGGAAUGUGAGGAGGAGUGCUUGAGGAACUGUUCUUGUACGGCUUACGCCUGCGCAGACGAGACAAGUGGCAAGAUUGCCCAUAGCUUCAUGAAGAGGUUUGAGAGGAUCGAGGAAGAACGUUUCAAGAGCCUGGAAAACUCUAGCCACCACUACGUCGGAAUAUGGUAUAACAAAGUUCCUGAACAUACCGUUUUGUGGGUAGCAAACAGAGACAACCCUCUCAAUGAUACCUCCGGAGUCCUCUCCAUCAACAGCCAUGGAAACCUCGUCCUCAACAGCAAAAACCGAAGCACUCCUAUCUGGUCUACAAACGCUUCAGUCUCAUCCACGAACAAUUCUAUGGCGGCUCAGCUCUUAGAUUCUGGAAAUCUUGUUUUGGUUGUACGAGACAGCCAAAGGGUUACAUGGCAAAGCUUCGACUAUCCCACGAAUACUCUGUAUGGGUUCAUGAAGCUUGGGCUGGACCGGCGGACCGGGUUCAACCGGUACCUAACAUCUUGGAAGUCCGAAGAUGACCCAGCAACCGGCAACUGCUCGUUAGAGAUUGACCCAACUGGUUAUGUGAAUAAUCAAGAUGAGGUCACUUGGGUGUCUGCUGUAACCAACCCUAGAAUUUUCACUAAAAUGGUGACGAACGAACCAGGAGUCGCUUCUCGGUCCACGUGGCACAAGAGUAGAUGGGUCGUGGUUGCGUAUUUUCCGAAAGAGUUGUGUGAUACGUAUGGAGAGUGCGGUCCAAAUGGUUACUGCGACCCAUACAAUAAUCCCACCAAGUUCCAGUGCACAUGCUUACCCGGGUUUGAACCCAAUUCGACCAGUAAAUGGUACUUGAGAGAUGGGUCGGGCGGGUGCGUGAGGAGUCAAGGAGUAUCCGCUUGCCACAGUGGAGAAGGGUUUGUGAAGCUGCGACAUGUGAAGUUGCCGGAUACUUCUAUAGCACGUGUGGACAUGAGUUUGAGUUUGAAGGAAUGUGAGCAGGAGUGCUUGAGGAACUGUUCUUGUACGGCUUACACCAGUGCAGAUGAGACAAGGGGUGGGAUCGGGUGCUUGUCAUGGUACGGGGACUUGGUGGAUAUCAAAACGUUUGCGAAUGCGGGACAAGAUUUGUUUGUACGUGUGGAUGCAGCUGCAUUAGCUCAAUAUUCAAAGAAAAAUGGCCUUAUUCGGAACAAGAGGAUGCUGGUAGUUCUUGUAGUUUCUAUUGCUGUAACGUUGCUUCUUUUUGUCUCCAUUGUGUAUUGGCUGGUAAUGAGGAAGAAAACAGGGAACAGAAGACAGUUCGUGUUGUUUAAUGAUGUUACUACUAGUUCACCAUCCUUCCAAGAUUCUAAGAAGGUUGAUGAAACUGGUCGAAAACUAGAUGUACAAUUUUUCGAUCUGAGCACCAUAAUUGUUGCCACAGACAAUUUCUCCCCGGCUAAUAGGCUUGGACAAGGUGGUUUUGGCCCGGUCUAUAAGGGUCAACUAGCCAAUGGACAAGAAAUAGCAGUGAAAACACUCUCAAGAAGUUUAAAACAAGGCACAGAAGAAUUUAAAAAUGAAGUUAACCUGAUUGCAAAACUCCAGCAUAGGAAUCUUGUGAAGCUUUUUGGUUGUAAUUUUUGCAUUAACAGACAAGAGAGAAUGUUGAUCUAUGAAUACAUGCCAAACAAAAGCCUAGACUUUUUCAUCUUCGACGAAAUAAGAAGGAAAUUGCUAGAUUGGAGGAAGCGAUUUCAAAUUAUUUAUGGAAUUGCUCGAGGAGUCUUAUAUCUUCACCAAGAUUCAAGGCUAAGAAUCAUCCACAGAGAUCUAAAAGCGAGUAACGUACUACUGGAUGCGGAAAUGAAUCCAAAAAUUUCAGAUUUUGGGUUGGCUAGAAUGUUUGGUGAUGAUCAAAAUGAAGCAAAUACAAGAAAAGUUGUUGGCACAUAUGGAUACAUGUCUCCAGAGUAUGCAAUGGAAGGGUUAUAUUCUAUAAAAUCAGAUGUCUUCAGCUAUGGUGUCUUGACACUAGAGAUAAUUAGUGGCAAGAGAAACAAUUAUCAUCACGUUGGAAGUGCCAACCUAAAUUUGAUUGGAUAUGAAAAGCCUUGGAAAUAGUCGAUUCGUUAUUGGGUCAAGAAUAUCCAACUCAAGAAGUUUUGAGAUGUAUUCAAAUAGGGCUCUUAUGUGUGCAAGAACAAGCCACAGAUCGGCCAACCAUGCUUGAAAUUGUUUUCAUGCUUGGAAAUGAAGCAACUGUUCCAUCUCCUAAGAAGCCAGCAUUUAUCAACAGAACCACAAAUUCUGGUCAGGAUUCCUCAGGUUUUAAAGGAGCACCUUCUUCUCUAAAUGAGAUAACCAUGACCAUGCCUGAAGGUCGUUGAAGUCUUCUCUCAUGAUCAUCAUUUCCGUGCCCUAAACUUGUUGCAGUCUGCUCUCAUCCGUUGAACUAUUUGAUCCCUAGAUUUGAAAAAUUGGUCUGUAAAAUUAUAAAUAUUGUUGAGUACCAUAUAUAGUGCUUCUAAGUUCUAUCCUCA